GCCUGAUUCGAAACCCUAAUUUGUUUCUAGGGUUUCCUUUGUCACAGUAAAGGACUUUCGCCUUCCUUAAGGUAUUUUCCUCGUAGCUUCGCUCUUCUGAAUCAAAUCCUGCAAACAUUGCUCUGUUGUCUUGCAAACCUAUCUAGUUAGAUAUAUAAGAUGCCAAGGGCGAAAGCAAAUGCUGCAGCAACUCAAAAGCCAGUUGAACCUGAAAAGCCAGAUGAACAUGAAGAAUGUGUAGACCUUGAUGGAGACAAUGAUGCUGAGGAGCCAAUGGAAGAGGAGGUUGAGUAUGAAGAGGUGGAGGAAGAGGAGGAAGUGGAAGAAGAGGUAGAAGAGGAGGAAGUGGAAGAAGAGAUAGAAGAGGAGGAAGUGGAAGAAGAGGAAGAAGAGGAGGAGGAAGAAGAAGAUGCUACUGUUGCUCAUGGAUCUGAUGCACGUGCAAGCCUCAGUGGUGAUGAGGACAUGAAAACUACCAAGGCAUUGAGUGAAGAUGAAAGGAAAAAACAUGCUGAGCUUCUUGCCCUUCCUCCUCAUGGCUCUGAAGUGUAUAUUGGUAGCAUUCCUCACGAUGCAUCUGAAGAGGAUUUGAGGAACUUUUGUGAGUCCAUUGGAGAAGUCACUGAGGUUAGGGUAAUGAAAGGAAAAGAUUCAGGGGAGAACAAGGGCUAUGCUUUUGUGACAUUCAGAACCAAAGAAUUGGCUUCCAAUGCCAUUGAGGAGCUGAAUAACAAGGAAUUGAAGGGAAGAAAGAUAAAGUGUUCAACAUCUCAAGCAAAACAUCGCUUAUUCAUUGGUAAUGUUCCUAAAAGCUGGACGGAAGAGGAUCUUAAGAAUAUUGUGACAGAGAUCGGUCCUGGAGUUAAUUCUGUUGAGCUUCUGAAGGAUCCACAGAACUCCAGCCGUAACCGUGGCUUUGCUUUCAUUGAAUAUUAUAACCAUGCUUGUGCUGAUUAUUCAAGGCAGAAGAUGUCAAACCCAAAAUUUAAGCUAGACAAUAAUGCUCCAACUGUGAGUUGGGCUGACCCUAAGACUGCUGAGUCUGCUUCUUCGUCACAGGUGAAGGCAGUAUAUGUGAAGAAUUUGCCCAAGAACAUCACACAGGAUGAGCUAAAGGAACUAUUUGAACAUCAUGGUGAGAUUACAAAGAUAGUGCUGCCACCUGCAAAGUCUGGACAGGAAAAGAGCAGAUUUGGUUUUGUUCAUUUCGCGGAGAGGUCAAGUGCCAUGAAGGCACUGAAGAACACCGAGAAAUAUGAAAUAGAUGGGCAAGUUCUGGAGUGUUCUCUUGCAAAACCACAAGCAGAACGGAAGACUGAUGGAGGAGUGAAUUCACACAAGGCAGCUUUGCUUCCGACGUAUCCGCCUCGUGUUGGUUAUGGUUUGGUUGGGGGUCCCUAUGGUGCUCUUGGUGCAGGGUAUGGUGCUGCAGGAUUUGCACAGCCUCUGAUCUAUGGUAGGGGACCUACUCCAGCUGGCAUGGCUAUGAUGCCUAUGCUUUUGCCUGAUGGACGAAUUGGAUAUGUCCUGCAACAGCCUGGAGCGCAGCCACAAACCCCUCCUGCUCAGCAGAGAAGUGGUGGCAGGAGUGGUGGAAGCUCAAGUGGGGGGAAGCAAAACAGUGGUGAUAGUGGCCGUGGGCGUAGAUAUCGACCAUAUUGAUUGAGGGUCAAAUGGAUUGCUGCUGUUCGGCAUUUAGCUCAUACUUUACAAUGGUGAAAGGGCUUUGUUC